AUGGUAACAGGUAAGGAGAUUAGAAUCGUAUCGCUUUUGGCUUUGGAUACUGCUUUCUUCCUUUUGGAAGCGAUUAUUGGGUACUCGGUACAUUCUUUAGCAUUAGUGGCUGAUUCUUUCCAUAUGUUAAAUGACAUUGUUUCAUUAAUUAUAGCAUUAUGGGCAGUUAAAGUUAAGAAUACUAAACCAGCAGAUGGUAAGUAUACGUAUGGAUGGCAAAGGGCUGAAAUUUUGGGGGCCUUGAUCAAUGCAGUUUUCUUAUUGGCUUUAUGUUUUACUAUUGUUAUGGAAGCUAUUCAAAGGUUUUUUGAACCAACCGAAAUUAAUUCACCAAAAUUGGUUUUGGGGGUUGGUAUUGCUGGUUUAUUGAGUAACCUUGUUGGUUUGGUUUUAUUCCAUGACCAUGGCCAUUCCCAUGGAGGUGGUUCCGGUGGACAUGGUCACGGUCAUAGUCAUUCUCACACUGAUGAAGAAGCAGAAAUUGGUGAUGUAGCUCAAGAAGAAUCUGAUGAACAUCAUGAACAUGAACAUGGCCAUAGUCAUUCUCAUAAAUUGACUGACGAUUCAAAUAGAAAUAAUUCAACCACUGACUUUGCUGAUUAUUUCCCAGAAAAUGUGGUUCAAAGAUAUGAUAGUGAAUCGACACCUUUAAUCAAAGAUAAGCAAAAACCAGCUAAAAAGAGAAAAUCCAUGAAUAUGGAAGGGGUGUUUUUACAUGUAUUGGGUGAUGCUUUAGGUAAUGUUGGGGUUAUUAUAACUGCCUUGUUUAUUUGGAAAACUGAAUAUACUUGGAGAUAUUUAACUGAUCCAUUAGUUUCUUUACUCAUCACUUUAAUCAUUUUUUCAUCUGCUUUACCAUUAUGUCGUAAAUCAUCCAAGAUAUUAUUACAAGCUACUCCACCAAAUGUCAACACAAAUUUAAUUAUUGAAGAAAUUAUGAAUUUACCUUUAAUUAAAUCAGUUCAUGAUUUCCAUGUUUGGAAUUUAAAUGAAGAUAUUUUGAUUGCUUCUUUACAUUUAGAAUUAAAUGAAGAUCGUAAUGGCUCAAACAUCUCUUUAAAUGAUGGAGGUAAUAAUGAUCAAUUCAACAAAAAUGCCUUUGUUGACGCGGUUAAACAAGUUAGAUCUAUCUUACAUCGUUUUGGUAUUCAUAGCGCUACAAUUCAACCUGAGUUUUCUGCUUUAAGACAAAUAAAUAAUGAUAACAUUGGUAAUGAUCAUUCAAUUUCUCAUUCUAGCUUAAAUAAGAAACCAAGUGCUUACGGAGCUACUAAUAAACAAAAUUGUGCCGUGGAUGAUGUUUCCGGUUGUGAUAAUGAUCAAUGUUUAAAAAUCACCUAA